UAUAAACAGAUUCGUUCGAAUUAAACAAGUGUCUUCAGAUUUGUAAUAAAUUAACUCUUACCGCCCGCCGCCGACCAAAAAAGAAUAUCUUGUAAAUUGAGAUUGAUAACUUGGAUUUAGAUUUAAGUUAACAAUAGGCGCAUUUGAGUUGAGUUGGUGCAAAGUGAAGUGAAACGGUAAAACAGUAAAAGAAAGCGAUCCAGAAACGAAGUGGUAGAGUGGGUUGGUGUGUUGGAAAGCAGAUCCGCAUUGAGAUGGUUAUGGCGAAGGUGAAGAGGCAGAAGCUGCAAGCAUGCAUCACGUGCCCACUCUGCCACAAACUCCUCCGAGACGCCACCACCAUCUCCCUCUGCCUUCACACUUUUUGCAGGAAGUGCAUAUAUAAGAAGCUUUCAGAUGACGAGAUGGAUUGUUGUCCAGUAUGUUAUGUUGAUCUCGGAUGCCUUCCACUCCAAAAACUCAGGCCAGACCACAAUUUGCAAGAUAUUAGGGCCAAAAUAUUCCCUUUUAGGCGAAGAAAAAUCGAUGCUCCCCAAGUUGUUCCUUCAAUAACCUUGCCUGCAAAGAGGAAGGAAAGAUCACUUUCAUCAUUGGUGGUUAAUGCUCCCAAGGUUUCAAAUCAGACUGGCUUCACAGGCAAGAGAACAAAAUCUGGCACAAGAAAGGCAGCUGAAGAAACAUAUGGUGAACAUAAUCUGGGUUCUUUUGUAGCUGAUCCUUCUAAGAAGAGGCCCAAUGAAGAUACAGAAAACAGUAUGGAACUUGCAGAAGGGAAGGGUGAUCUCUGGACGCCCUUGAACUGUCUCGUUGAAGCUGCCAAUCGAACAAAGUCCUCCAAAUCAAACUCACAAGGGACUCCUCAUGCCAAGUUAGAGUCUCCAUCAACUGCUUAUGGUGGACUAGACAUGGUUGCAACCACAACCAAAUCAGACCUACCUACUUCAUUGAAGAGUGCAUUUCACAUGGUUAAAACUAAAAUCAAGGAUAAUAGACAUAAAAGGUUCGGAGCUGACAAGGAGGGACACACCCUGCAUUCAGGAUCUGCAGUGAAGCAAAAAAGGCCGCUGCGUCCUGUUCAGGAAAGAGCAGAAGCAUCUGAGACAUCUGCCUCAGAUACAACAGGGAGCAGGUGUGAUGGGAAAAACAGUCCUAUUUGGUUUUCCUUAGUUGCUUCGGAAGACCAGAAGGGAGAUGUUCCUUUGCCACAGAUUUCAGCAUGUUAUUUAAGAAUAAAAACUUGGAUAGUUAUACACAAGCCUGCCUCAUUGAUCAUAUUUUGGAUGGUACUGUGCCUGUCUCAUUUAUACAAAAGUAUCUUGUGAAGAAACUUAAUCUAACAAAUGAAGCAGAGGUGGAAAUAAUGUGCCGGGGUCAGCCUGUGUUGCCAAAUUUGCAGCUGCAUAACUUAGUAGACUUGUGGUUCUGCUCAGGGUCAACUACAAAGAAGAUGCCGGCAUCUGUGGGCUCCUCGGCUAAGGACUUUGUCAUGGUUUUAUCAUAUUGUCGAAAGGUCGUACCUCAUUGAGAUUAUCAUCCGCCCUACUACAAUGUUGCCUUCCUUCUUUACAUAGACAUUCAACUACUUGAUAAAAAUAUCUGAUAUAUCCAAGCAAAGGAAUAUGUUCUUUGAUUUCUGUUGAGCUCUUAAUCCCUUUAGUUUGUUUCCCUCACAACCCGAUAGCGUGUAUCCUCCAAUUUUGCACCUUAUACUCUAUUAUGCUGUUACUUGAAGAGUGUACUCUAUCCUAUCCUCUUUUCUUUUGUUUAUUUCUUUCCUUUUUUCCAUAUGACAUGGUGUUAUAGUGAUACCGCAAAAAUCAAAAUUACGG